AUGUUCAAGUACCAGGUCAAAAAGAAGGACGAUGAGGAGUACAAGCCCGCCGCAAAGUCGGCUUUGAAGAAGGCUACCAACUACGCCGCUCAACAGAAGAAGAAGCUCGAAGCCACUGGGAAGCGACCCGAGAAGGAGGCCCAGGAGGAGGCUGCCAACCACGCUGCCCAACAGAAGAAGAAGCUUGAGGCUGCCGCGAAGCGAGCUGAGAAGGAGACCCAGGAGGAGGCACGCCGCGCAGCAAAAGAAGAAGCUGGAGAACACCACGAAGUGAGCGGGGAAGUGGGCGAGCACGGAGUAAGCGAAGAAGGGGGCGGUGGCGAAGUGAGCGGAGAAGGAGGCCCAGGAGGAUACUGCUCCCACCGUCCUACCUAUCAGGCUUCUUCCAGGUACCUCAUCCAAUUGAUCAGUUCCGCCAAUUGCUAUAGCCUGCACAACACGGCGCCGUAG